CAAAACUAGCUGCAUGGCUAAAUAUCUCAGAUAAUACAUUGUCAAACUUUGCCUUGGAGAGCGGACGAAUACAAAUUUACAGUUAAAGCUAAACCUCUCAUGCAGUUAUGUCGUGACUCCGGUGUCGGUGGUGACAGAGCUCAACGGUUAACGUUUUUAAAUCUUCGCAUCACUUAACACAAGUGUUUGGACUGAGCAGGAUACUAGCAUGUGUCGUUAGCAAACCACUGCAGGAAAGUAGUUCGUUUAGCUAGCUUAGACAGCCAGCCAAGUGUUAUUAUGAGGCUUAAUUUUGCCUCUUUAUGUUCAUGCUCGAUUUAAAUAACCUCUUCGCAAUGGACACCGAGGCAAUAGUGAUCCGUAUAAAGACGCCGUCAGGGGACAUGGACUCGUCCGUCGACUGUCCAUCUCUUCUGAACUUCAAUGACUUGCUGGUCGCAAUCAGAGAUGUCAUGCCUGAAGCCACUGUCACUGCCUUUGAAUAUGAGGAUGAGGUGGGAGACAGAAUCACUGUAAGAAGCGAUGAAGAACUCAAGGCCAUGUUGUCAUAUUACUGCAACACAAUGAACGAACAACGCAUGAAUGGACUGCUGCCCGACCCUCUCCAGAUUUUUCCAAGAGCCGGCAAGACUCCAGGGAUCCGGAACAUACAUGGCCUGAAGGUUAAUACAAGACCUAACCCAGCCAAUGACUGUACUCAUGCUGUUCCAGACUCCAUGGCCAACAACAGCUUAAAAAAAUCAUCUGCUGAGCUGAAGAGGAUCUUGACAAAUGGCCAGAUAAAUGCCCAAGAUAUCCAUUAUCAAGAGCAGCUCGGCCAUGGAAACGGAGGCACAGUUUACAAAGCGUACCAUGUUCACGGCAAGCGGGUUUUAGCUGUCAAGGUCAUCCCACUGGAUAUCACGGUGGAAUUACAGAAGCAGAUCAUGUCAGAAUUAGAAAUUCUCUACAAGUGUGAUUCACCCUACAUCAUCACUUUCUUCAGUGCUUUUUUUGUUGAGAACAGGAUAUCCAUAUGCACAGAAUUUAUGGACGGUGGUUCUCUCGACGUGUACAAACGAAUUCCAGAGCAUGUGCUGGGGAGGAUCGCAGUGGCAGUAGUCAAAGGCCUGACAUAUCUGUGGAGCCUGAAGAUACUUCACAGAGAUGUCAAGCCUUCCAAUAUGCUGGUGAACACCCGAGGACAAGUCAAGCUCUGUGACUUUGGUGUCAGCACACAGUUGGUGAAUUCUAUUGCCAAAACGUACGUGGGAACCAACGCAUACAUGGCACCAGAAAGGAUAUCAGGAGAACAGUAUGGUAUUCACGCAGAUGUCUGGAGUGUGGGGAUCUCUUUCAUGGAGUUGGCGCUAGGUAUGUUCCCCUAUCCACAGAUUCAGAAAAACCAAGGAUCUUUAAUGCCUCUCCAGUUACUGCAAUGCAUCGUUGAUGAGGAUCCUCCAGUUCUUCCCGUCGACCAGUUCAGUGAAAAGUUUGUUCACUUCAUCACACAGUGUAUGCGACGACAACCCAAAGAGAGGCCUGCCCCGAAUAACCUCAUGGAUCAUUCCUUCAUCGUACAGUAUAAUGAUGGUAAUGCAGAGGUGGUGUCGAUGUGGGUUUGUCGCUGCUUGGAGGAGAGACGAGCUCAGGUGGCUCAGGGACACGUCUGACGUCCUCCUGCCCUCCGCCCAUGAUGGACCUGGACGUUUGAUCCCAAACCUUGAACACUUGUCAGAGUCUUCAGGAUCAAGUACGUCCAUACGCAUUGUACAAGUGACUUUAUGUACAAGGACAAAAAUCACUAGAUGUUAAAUACUUCAUGUGAGUAAUUCUUAAUUUAACAGCACUCUUGCGCCGUGACAAUGAGGAGCUCACAUCCUUUGAACUGAAUAUUAUUGUCUGCAUCCAAAAAGUGCAGAGAGGUCUGUGCUUCUUCCUAAAGUAGGUCUCCAUCUGCAGCUUUGUCCCCCACGUGUAUAGAGAAAUGCAUUGAGCAUCACGGUCUGAUGAAUGGAGAUAAAUGGUCCUGAUUUAAAGGACCGGUGACAAACAAACAACUUCUAAGCAUAAGACUGCAAUACGCUGGCAGAGUUGUGAUCUCUUUCUAGGAUGGCAUCUCAAAUAACCAUCUUGUGCUUUACUGUUGACAGCCCUCUAGUGAAUGUUAAGGUUUUUGCCUGUGAGUAACUGCCCAUGUGUGUGCCUGUUUUUCCACUGGUGUAAUUUAUUACCUCAGCAACUUACAUUGUCACUCUUAAUAGCAAGAUUUACCCCCCCACCACAUAAAAACAAAAAAAAAACAAAAAAUGUCUGUUUUCAGCUCCUGGAGUUGAACAUUUUGUAUCCCAAACCUUGCAAGGUUGUGGGUUAAUUGAAUAGACAGCAACAAACCUGCAGUACCUGUGAGUCUGAAGCAGCACUGCAGUAUUAUUACAGAGUGGAAUGAAAUAUUGACACAUCUUUUCUUGAUUCUCAAGCUCACUGACCAAACAAUUUAUUGUUCACACUCAUCAGGAGGAACCAGGGUUUAUUUCUUUUUAAACUGGUUUUUAACUCGGUUGCAUAUCUUUUAUUUCCAUUUGCACAGUCAUGCCUGACAUUGAGUGCCACUGAAUGAACUGUUGGAGAGGAAAUUGUGCUGAAGCAGAUCUCUACUUUCUAUCAGCAGUUAUUUGAUUUAUUUUUUGAAACCAUUAAGAGUAAGAGAAACUACAGACUGUAACUCUUCCUUUUCUUAUAAACCAACACUUUUUUCAUUUUUAAGUUAUUGUUUUAUCCACAUUGUCAAAAUCCUUCACUUUAGCAAGAUAUAUACUAUGUACAAUACAGAAAUUAUUGUUUUAUUGGAUUGCCCAAUGAGAUCAGUUGACAUCAUGUAGAGGGAAAACAUUAAUGAAGCGCACAAAACACCAAAGACCACUUGUGAGUCAAACGGUGAAUUAAAUGGAUUUCUCAUGACUGAGGCAAACAUAACAUGUUAAGUGACUAAAAUGAAUUGUUUUGACAGGGUGUUUUCAUGCAGCUGACGAAACAUUUUGUGCUUAGGUGCUUAAAUUAAAUGCCAUUACUUCCACAAAGGCUAAGUAAACACAGCCUACAGUGGCACAUCAAAGAAAAAGAACAGCAGUAUGCCAGCGCACCACAAAAAGCUGAAAGCACUGUUCCACCAUACAUGUGAACUGUAGUUUCAAUACCCUGUGUGAUGUUUUACCCUCUGUUAUGAUGAGGACACUCAUGGAUGAUAGAUUUUAAUCACUGGCCUUAAACUGUAACUCAUUUCAAACUGAGAACACAUCUGUUGCUCAGACACAUGCUCCAUCUUGUCCUUCAUACUUUGAGAACUCCUCAUGGGUCAGUUUUUUUUCAUCAUUUUGCAGAACUGAGUAUUCAUUUAGCAUUUUGCUAUGUAAAUGAACAUUUACACUGCUUUUGAACUGACCUUACUCUGCACAGUUUUUUGUGUGGUAUUGAAGGACACUGUUGUCCUUCAAUGCAAUUUGUGGUAGAGUAAUUGAAGGUGGUCUGGAAGCUCUACAAAUGUCUUGAAAACAAAACUGUAAUUUUACAAAAAAAUAUAUUUCUAAACUCAAAGUCCACUUGCUCGCUUUUCCCAACAAUUAAAAAGAUCAUGAGAAGCAGUUGAAAGUUCUGGUAAAAGCUAGUAAGUGGAGUAUUUUUCACAGACUACAGACUGUCUCUUUGGACACUCAUAGCACCACAUUAUUUUUUUUUUUUUUAAUUGAAUGCUUUCCCACAUCCAACGAUUCAUUAUUUUUAAUGAAUUAUACUUAUUCAAUGUUAAGUUCAUUCUCUGUAACAGCAGUUAGGAUACAGCUUGUUCGGCCAGUUUUUCCAGAUACACUGCUUGUGUUUGCUACCAGCACUCAGUAGAGGCGCCAUGUGUCAUGAUCCCUCCCAGAUUUUCUUUAGUAACAUUAUUUGCCUGAAAAUGAGGCACAGCCUUUUUACUUUUAUGUUCAUAAAUAUUCAUUUGGGAAGGACGUAUGUGCAAGAUGUUGAUGUUAAUUUUACUCUGAUAUUCUGUGAAACUCUUGGUAGACAUUUGAAGAUGUUCCCCUUAUUGAAAUACAUCAGUGUGGAUUUUCCAAUAGUUGCACAAUGAAUAGAAUAUGUACUUUGCAUUUUACCACAUACAUACUGUUAGCUGUAUUCAACUGUCACUUUUGGUAUGUCAAAUUCUGUCAUACUGUUGAUACGUCUGUGAGACAGGAACCUGAUAUUAAGUUGGCCUUAAAUGUACCUGAAGCUAUAAAUACUUUGCAGUCUGGUAAAACUUUUAAAUCAGUGUGAAAUAAGGAGAGUGUGUCGCAGCAACUGGCUGCUGAUGAACUCUCUGUGAAAUGUUAAAGUAGUCUUGCGACCAAACCAAAAAGAAGAAAAAAACAUUUCAUAUUUCUGAACAGAUGUACUGGAAGCUCCAAAAGCUCAUGCACAUCUUUUUUUUUGUUUGGCUAUGUACUCAUUGACUGUGAUAUAUGAUAUGAAUCUGCCUUAUCAGUGGGAAUAUUUAUUAUUAUUUUUUACUUUUCAGCCUGCUUACAACAGAGUUCACCUCUUGUGACUCUGUUAUUUUACCUCUGUUUGCCUAAACCACAAAGCAUUAAGUCAGUGAUGGGACUCAGCAGAAAUAUUAGUGCUGUGAUGUUACUGGCUGAUUAUGGCCUUUUCUGUAAUUAUCUGUGUUGGCACAUAUUCCAAC